AUGAUUCAUAGAAUACGUGAACAGCAAGUAGGGCCUAGUAGUUAUAACAUAAAAUUAAAAGAAUGUAUAGUUAUAAAAUGGAGUAUACGAACUAUUGUAAUGUGUUUAAUUCUAUGUAUUGGACUAAUAAUACCAAUUUUAUCUAAAAUCAAUAACGAAAGUUCCUUCAUACCUAAACCGGUGCGUAUCACAAAUGCUAUUAUUUUUAUUAUAUUAACACAUAUAAUUUUAUUUUCGAUGAUUUACACCAUGAUAAAAGUUGUAAAAUUUCAUAGAUUAGAGGCUGGAAAGGGUAAAUUGAAUUUUAGGGAAUAUGAUGUUUUUUGUAAAGAUACUUUUUUGCCUAAAAGGAAUACAUAUAAAACAGAAAUUUUAUAUAGAGUUAAUUGA